ACCGCUCCGAUCUCCCGACACCUUUGCAUGUGGUGUCCGUUCGCGAUUGGGCCGUCUUCGCGUUCGGGCGUCAAUCUCAAUUACGUCUGACAAUUUGGCGGGGAUAAAAAACAAGAUGACGACCACGGUGGUAUCGGGCCUGCUCCUCGAACUGACUACGAUGGAGAACUACACCGAGGAGUUGAACACGACCGAGCCGUCAUCAGGUGGGGGUGGCGGGGGUUCAGCCAGUCUGUUCCCCUACCCCGUAUGGCUCAUGCCGGUCAUUCUUGGAAUAAUGGUACUCGUUGGAGUGGUUGGUAACUUACUGGUCAUCUUCGUCAUCGUACGAGCCAGCCAGCGUACCGUCACCAACUACUACAUCUUCAAUCUGGCUGUUGCCGACAUCUUGUUUCUGGUCUUCUGCGCGCCCAAGACGGCCGAAGACUAUUCUGCCACUGGCUUCCACUUCGGCGGGUUCAUGUGCAAAAUCGUUUUGUACAUGCAAUACGUCACCUCGCACUCGACGUGUUGCCUACUGGCAGCUAUGAGCAUGGACCGCUUCCAGGCCAUUGUCAGACCCCUUAAGUCCCUGAAAACCCGCACCUUGCAGACGGCCGUCAUCACAAGCCUCUUUAUAUGGCUUUCUGCUUUUCUGCUGUACAUUCCAUAUCCACUUUACUUCGAGAUCCAAUACAUCAAUUGGGGCGGUGCUGUCAACCCCUACUGCCUUAUCAAUUGGCCAAGCCAGACUGUCAGCGACGUGUACAAGGUCAUGACAUUCUUGUUUCCGUACGCACUCCCCCUGACGGUGAUCGCCGUCUGCUACUCUGCCAUGUUGCGCCACCUGUGGCAGCGGGUGGCGCCUUCGGACGCCAUAAGCGGCCCGGCCAACGCUGCCAACGCCGAGCGCAACCUACGGCAGAAGCGCAAGAUCACCUGGAUGGUCUUGACUGUGGUCAUAGUCUUCGCUGUGUGCUGGUUCCCCACACAGUUCUACUCCCUCUGGGAGUAUUUCGGCCCCACCUUCAAGCGCACGGACACCACCUUGCACCUCCGAACGGCCGGCUUUGUGCUGAGCUACGCCAACUCGUGCGCCAACCCCUUCAUCUACGCCUUUCUCGGAGAGAACUUCAGGAAAAGCUUCCGGAAGGCGUUCCAUCGUUGCUUCAAGAAGGCCGGCGGGGAUCGGCACGGCAACGGGCGGGGAGGGGCGACAGGUGGCACCCAGGGUUCAUCGUCUGUGGCAGGUCCGAGCACCACCAGGGCGGGCAAUGUCACUCAAAUGUCCAGCAUGCCUUCACGAACAGACGUAUAGAUGACCCAUGAAUAGCAUCUAGAGGGGCGCUUUAUUUGUCCAGCUGUGAACGUUAAAGUGAAGAUUUAAGCUUAUUCACUGACAUUCCAUGCUCUUUGAUUUAAAGUUUCAGAAUGAAUCGAGUACAGUUAUUUUUGAUCGCUUUUUAUUUGCUGUCUUUACCUUUUCAAAACUGUGGAAUAUGUGCACGUCAGCAAAGUGUCCAACAUUAACAGCAUUGAUUUGCAUUUUCACAUUACAUGGAAAUGAAGCCCACAACUAAUAGGGCCAAAUUGGAUGGUGGUUGUUGUUGUCAUGUCGCUACAAUUUCCUAGCCACUGCAUAACACAGGUUCUGGCACGGGUUGAAAUCCUUGAGAUCCUCUGGUUUGCAUGGCUAUACGGAGGGGGAAGUUUAGGAGGUGCUCCAUAGUUUGGGGUGCCUCUGCGCAGUCACAUUCGAUGGGUCCAUGACGGUUGAACCCCACUUCUGCAUGGUGCUGCUUUGUAAAUAGAAGUGAAAUCUGUUCUAACGCCAAUAUAAACUUGUGCUUAACGUGAACACAAUUAUUUUGAGGCUUGCCUAUAUGUAGAAAGCUAGCCAUAGAACCCAUUAUCCUCGCCCCUUUGCUUUGGUACGCUUCCUUCUUUAUCCACGGCAUGCAAAACCUUCACUUUAAAAAUCAAAAUACAAACAAAAUUAAUGUUUGUUUCUUUCAAUGCAGUUGUCGGACAUCGGCAUAUCGAGGACGUCACCGUACCUAUGAGAACCAUAAAGGAACAUUGAUUACAUAAGAGUGCGCCCUCUUUGUCCGUCUUUAGGUAAUCAUCAGUAUGGAGUGCGCCCUCUACCUAGACGAGGUUAUUCGGCCAUUAAAAUAACAUUACUGAUCACCACAGCUUGUUUUUAUGGGAGAGACGUUUUGUUACCGGGCAGAUAAUAUUCAUUGAUAUAGUUACAAAUGUUUGCCUAAAUAACUUGUUUCCCUUGUUGCAUUUUUACGAGGGCACGUACUAUUUUUGGAAAAUCUGUCAAUGUGUGUUAGCAGUUAUUGUGUAUAUCUGCCACGAUAAUGUGCUAUUUUUAUCACAUUUUAACAAAGCCUUAUAAACACUGAUGAGGUUUGCUUAUACACUGUAUGAGUAGUGAAAAAACACAAAAGUCACUUUUUUUGUUUGGUAUUUGUAAUCGCUUUUCUAAUUCCUGUAAAAAUAUCCCCGUUCAAGCAAACACGCACAGUAGUUAUAGAUAGCAUUCUUGAAAUAACAUAUUUGUAAAGAUUGGUAUUUUAACAAUUUUGCGUUAACUACUGCCAAUUUUAACCAUCCGAAAAGUAUUUGAGUAACGCAAACAUUGCAUGCAAUCCCUGAUUAUACAGAAAAUUACUGCUAACCCGAAAAUCGGCUUACCAAAACUGAACGUGCUAAGUAACGAGUUCCGAAGUAUGUGCAUAAGCUUAUCACAAGAAGAGAACAUUUUCAAUCGAUUUCUUUUUGGGCUAAUCAAGUUUGGUCAGCAAGUAUAAUGCGCACAACAACGAGUGAAAUACGAUUUCCACAUAACUUGUGUCCACUUUCCUUUUCAACUGUUCAUCUUUCCAAUGCUAUUUGCCGUCCCCACUGU